CUUGAUGGCAUAGAAUAAGCGUGCACAGGUGUUUGUUGGUUUAGGUUGUUUUUUUUAUCCAUAUCAAUCGAAAAAUGUCAAAUUUGUCAGUUAGUAACAAACAUAGACAUAACAACAUACAACAAUUAUCAUAGGAUGAAUAACCAGAAUCCAAUGAAUGAUGAAGAAGAUGAAAUUUAUCCGGGUCGAGAAUCUUCAACCGCCGAACGGAAGAAUUCAUUCGUAAGGCUUGGCCAAAGUUCAGGAACCGGUGGUUUUCAAUCGAUUGUCAAACGAAUACAAUUGGUGGCAAGAAUUUCACAGCAAGGAAAUCAACACGGUGAUUGUUAUGAUGAGGAUGCUAAAUUGAAUACAUAUCUGAAACAAUCAAAAUUAGCAACACGUCGACGUUCACGACGUUCUGGUUCGAUAUUUCCGCUUCCUACACCAUUACCAACACCAUUGACAGGACAAUUGAAUGCUAUAAAAGAAUCACCAUUCGAAUCUGAAUCACCAACAAGAUCAUCAUUUAAUUUAGGUGAAAUUCAUUUCCAACACAAAGAUCAUCAAUACGAUUUCAAACCAUUCGUUUCGCUUGAACCACAUAUUACAUCUAAUGAAUUGGCACGAAUAUUGUUGGAAGAAUGGCAACUUGGAAUGCCCAAAAUUGUUACAUUGAUCGUUACGGGAAAAUCACAAAAUACUCGAUGGAAAAAUGAAAAACAAAUUAAAAAUUUUCAAAUUGGUAUCGCAAAAGCGGCUAUGUCGACCAAAAUGUGGAUAUUGACCAAUGCCGUUAAUGGUGGUGUAACAUCUUAUGUGUGUUCGGCAAUCGAACGUGAAUUUCAAAAGGCCAAACUAAAAGGUCGUCUUUAUCAACAGGUGAAUUCCUUUAAUUUGAUCGGCAUUGCUCAUGAAAAUCAUCUGGUUUAUGGACGAAAAUUAUGCUGCAUUGAAAAUGCAUUGAAUUUGUUAAACAUUGAAAACACUGGCUGCAAUGAUGGCCAUCGAUUUGAAUUGAAUCCUGAUCAUACACAUUUUAUUGUGUUGAAAAAUUUUCCUUACAACAAUGAUUUCAUUAUGAAAUUGAUCGAUUUAUUCACCAUCCAAGAUUGUACUAACAAUUCAAGCCAAAAACAAUCAAAAAAUCAUGAUGAAAAUAAUGCUGAUACACCGUUUGUUUCGAUUUUGAUUGAUGGAGAACCAGAAAAUAUACGGCUUGUUUUGCAAUUGAUAAAAAAACGAAUCCCGGUUGUCGUAUUGCAAGGAACUGGUGGAAUGGCCGAUAUUGUUUCCUAUGCAUAUACACGGAUAUUUGAUUCAUUUAUUGAUUAUUUGGAUGUGGAUUAUAUCGAUAAACAUGUGAAGCCAUUGUUGGAUAAGAAAAUAAUACAACAGUUCAGUGAUUUGGAAGCUGACAAUAAAAACAAUGAACGUGAUAAAAUUUGUCAACAAGUCAUUGAAUGUGUUUGUCUCACCAAACAACAUCGGCGACAAGAUGGUCGUGAAUAUUUAAUCUUAUUGGAUACGCAUAACAUCAAUCAAGGUAAUCUUACCAAUCUUCGUGAAUAUUUAUUGAAUGCCAUAUUGAAAUCUAAACAUCGUAAUGUUGAUCGUCCAUUUGAUGGUGAACAAUUUUCUAAAGAUUUUGAUUUAAUUGUCGAUUGGAAUUGUGCUAAUGUAGCUCGAAACACAUUGUUUUCAAUGAAUUCAAUCAGUUUAAGUGGAUUAUUGAAAUCUAAAUUUCUGACCAUAUUAACACGACAGGAUCGUGAAGAAUUUGUUGAACUAUUUUUGGCCAAUGGUUUUCACUUGCAUAAAUUUUUAACACCAUCCAAAUUAAGUCGCCUAUUUCGUAUGAUACAUGAUGAUGAAUUUUUUCAUGCUGUAUGUUGGGAAACUGUGCUAAGUAAAUCACCAGUCGAUAGACAAUCGAAAUUUUUCAUUGAAACCGAUUUAAAUUGGUUGCUAGAAUUUGGUACUGGAUUACAAAAUUUAAUUAAAAUUGAUGAACUACAUCUAAAUGCUAGCGAUUUCAUUGAAGAUUCAUUGGUAGCUGAACGUAAAGCACUAACAUUGUUAACAAUGUGGGCAGUCGUACAAAAUCGUUAUGAAUUGGUUGAAAUUUUAUGGAAAUAUUGUGAUCAUCCAAUACAUUUAGCAUUGAUAAUAUCAAUGUUUUUCGAACGACUAUCCUGGCAUGUUUAUGAUACAAAUCUAAAAUUUGAACUUGAACAACGUUCGAAAACAUUUGCCAGCUAUGCAUACGAUGUGCUUGAUCGUUGUUAUCAGGAAAACAUAACGCUUGCCUAUAAUGUACUACGUGAAUCAAUCAAAGAUUGGAACUAUAUGACAGCCGUAGAUAUUGCAGCCAAUGCAAGAUUGAAACAAUUUCUUGCUCAUCCUUGUUGCCAAAAAUGGUUGGCCAAUACAUUUCAAGGAAAGAUUCGUCUUCGUGAAAUAACAUGGGGUUUUUUUACCGUUCCAGUUUCAAUCAAAAUAUUACUUUGUAGUUUAUUAGUAUUUCCCAUGUAUAUUUGGGUUCGUUUUAAAAAUGAUGAACCAAAAGAUGAUGAUGAAGAAUUGGACGAUGAUGAUGACGAUGAACUGGAUGAUGUAUAUGAAAAUGUGAAUCGUAAUGAAACGUACGAAAUGAAACAAAUGGCUUACAAUAAUCAGGCUUUCGUUAAUGAUGUUGGAACAUCAAACCAAUCAUCAAACACUAUGAAUGAAAACUAUAGAUCCGACCGGAAGAAGAAACGGGAGGUAUUUGUAGAGAAACAGCCACCAUUAUGGAAAAUGAUUAUUAUGAUGUGGUCGGCACCGAUUAGCAAAUUUUAUACAUCAUUAUUGUUUUAUGUGAUUUUUCUCAUAUUGAUUUCAUUAGCCGCAUUAUAUCCAAAUUGUGGUAAUAUUAUUCUCGAUUCAAUCGUUUGUAGUUGGUCAUUGCUCAUAGCAAUCAGUUACAUUCGACAUGUUUAUAUUCUAUUCAUACGAUAUUCAUCCGUUGUAACUGUAUAUCCGAAAAUCAUCGAAAUCCUAUUGAUUCUCAUUUUUACUGGAAUUUUUUCAACCACCCGUGUUCUUCGAAUAUAUUUUUAUCCAAUCUAUUGGCAAAAAAUUAUGAUUGCAUUGGCUGUUUUGUACUUUUAUUAUCGAUUAAUCUCAGUAUAUUUACCAAUUUCAUCAACGCUUGGUCCUUUCCUAUAUCGAUUUCGAUUGAUGAUCACUGUGGAUUUUGUUAACUAUAUGCGUAUCACCACUGUUAUAUUGAUUGCUAAUUCCAUUGCCAUUCGAUCAUUACAAUAUCCAUAUGAAGAAUUGACUGUUGAUUCAGUGAAAUCAGUAUUUCAUCAGGGCAUCGUUUCCUUAUUUACUGGACCACCAUCAGGCAAAAUCACCGUUACAAAUGAUCGGCAAAAACAAGCUGAAUAUUGUCCAAAUAGUUUCCAUUCAUUUGAUAAUUCAUCCAUUACAUUUGAUUAUCAAAAUGAUGAUGAUAACGAUACGUUUAUCAUAUACGUUUUUGUUUUUCAAUUCUUCAUUAUUCUUAAAUUAAUUCUUGGCCCUUUAUUGUUCUCUAUAUUUGCCGUGACCGCUUCCAAAUGGGUAUCAGAAAUUGAUUCAAUUUGGAAAUUUCAACGUUAUCAAUUAGUGAUAGAUUUUGCUAAUCGAUUAUCAAUACCGGAGCCAUUCAGUAUUAUUUACUAUUUGUAUCUAUUAUGUUAUUAUAUUGUCUACAUUCUAUGUUGUUGUUGUUAUAGCCAUAAAUGGUGUAAAUUAUUCGACAGAAUUUAUCAUCAUCAACGGAAACAAAAAUCAACUGAAAAUGAAAACAUUAUAUCACCAGAAGAUUGUCUUUAUUGGAAAUUAUUAGCAUGCGAAUAUCUUGAUCAACAACAACGAUUAUCAAGAAUGGAUGGUAAUGAUAAUAAUAAUGAUGAAUUUUAUCAUCGUCAAUGGGAUUGUAUGCGUGAUAUAACUGAAGAAAUUGAAUAUGAAAAAAAAUUAUUGCGUGAAAUUAAGAGUAAAUUGUUUGAAUUGGAAAAAUUUUUAUAUCGUUCUACAUUCAAAGAAAAUAUAGUAACAAAAAAUAUGAUUGGCAAUGAUAUUGGACAAGUCAACAACGAUGUUGCUCAUGCUUAUGUUGAUGGUGAUGAUGGAAACAAGGAAAUGAAACCAUCAUCAUCAUCAUCGUCAUCAUUAGUUUCGCCAUCA